GUGAAUCAGAGUGGCGGUCGACUUCGGUCCCAACACGCGGAAGAGCACAAAACUUCUCUUCAUCGUUGUCGCGUGUUUUUUUUUUUUUUUUUUGUUAAUUAUUAUUUUGUUUAAAUAUUAUUUUGAUUAUUAAUAAUUAGCUUCAUAUUAUUUCAAUAAUUAAACUCACCAUUAUUUUUUAAAUUGAUGACAUUAUUAUUUUAAUUUUUUUUUUUUAUUCAAAUAAAAAAGAUAAAAUAUUGUUGUUGUCAUUAAAUUGUUGGUGAGGAUUAUUAUUAUUUUCUUUUUGCAAAUUUUAUAUCUUUUUUAAAUCAAGAUUUAUAAAUAAUACCGUGGAAAUUUUUAAAUCGAUAGUGUCGUGGCAACAAUGUUGUCCUGAGUAAAAUAAAACGCAAGUGCUACGAAAUUUUAUUUAUUUUUUAUUUGAAAAAAAAAGCUCAGAGGAAAAUUAUCGAUUAAUUAGUCCAUAAUAUUUUGUAAAUUUAGAUAACUUUAUUUGAAUUUACAAGUGAAUUUAUUUGUGGAUAUCAUUUUUUUUUAUUAUAAAAUUAAUUAUGAAGCUAAUGUUGUUCAGUUACGUCACUCGGAUUUUAAUCCUCGUGUUUGUGAUUUGUGUAAAAACGCGGGAAGCUAUUCCUGUAACUGCACUCUCGGAAAAUAAUGCAAUGAGUUAUUUGUCACAAUUUGGAUAUUUACCACCGACAAAUCCAACGAGUGGUGGAUUCAUCACCCAGGAAACAAUGACCAAAGCCAUUUCGGAAUUUCAAUCAUUCGCUGGACUAAAUGUUACAGGUGAUUUAGAUAAUGAAACAUCUACCCUCAUGUCACUGCCAAGAUGCGGAGUCAAGGACAAAGUUGGUGCUAGUUCUGAUGGUAGAUCAAAACGUUAUGCACUUCAAGGUUCAAGAUGGCGUGUUAAAAAAUUAACAUAUAAAAUAAGUAAAUACCCACGUAUACUUGAAAAAAGUGCUGUUGAUAAAGAUGUAUCACGUGCAUUUUCAGUAUGGUCAGAAUAUACUGAUUUAACAUUUACCCAAAAACGUAGUGGUCAAGUACAUAUAGAAAUAAGAUUUGAACGUGGUGAACAUGGUGAUGGUGAUCCAUUUGAUGGUCCUGGUGGUACACUAGCACACGCAUAUUUUCCAGUAUACGGUGGUGAUGCACAUUUUGAUGAUUCCGAACAUUGGAGUAUAAAUAGUUACCGUGGUACAAAUUUAUUUCAAGUUGCUGCACAUGAAUUUGGUCAUUCACUUGGUCUCAGUCAUAGUGAUGUUAAAUCAGCACUUAUGGCACCAUUUUAUCGUGGCUAUGAACCAAAUUUUAUACUCGACAGUGAUGACAUACAAGGCAUUCAGGCAUUAUAUGGACAACAAACAUUAUCAUCAUCUGGUUCUGAAAGUACUGAUACUAAAGUAAAUUCAAAAACAACCGUACCACCACCUGGUGAAGAGGAUACACAAUUAUGUAGUGAUUCAAAAAUAGAUACAAUGUUUGAUUCAGCUGAAGGACAUUCUUAUGCAUUUAAAGGUGAUCAUUAUUGGAAAUUAACAACUGAUGGAAUUGCCAGUGGUUAUCCAAGACUCAUUAGUAAUUCAUGGCAUGGUUUACCAGGAAAUAUUGAUGCAGCAUUUACAUAUAAAAAUGGAAAAACUUAUUUUUUCAAGGGAUCAAAAUAUUGGAGAUAUAUUGGUAAAAAAAUUGAUGGUGAUUAUCCAAAAGAUAUUAGUGAAGGUUUUACUGGUAUACCAGAUAAUAUUGAUGCAGCAACAGUAUGGACUGGUAAUGGUAAAAUAUAUUUUUAUAAAGGAACAAAAUUUUGGCGUUUUGAUCCAGCUCAAAGACCACCAGUUAAAAGUACAUAUCCAAAAUUAAUAUCAAACUGGGAAGGUAUACCAAAUAAUAUUGAUGCUGCACUGACUUAUCAUGGAUACACGUAUUUCUUCAAGGGCGACAUGUAUUAUCGGUUUAAUGACCGCACAUUCUCAGUUGAUGUUGCCGAUCCAGCAUUUCCAAGGUCAACAGCAUACUGGUGGUUUGGUUGUAGAUCAGCAAGUCGUGGUACUUUAGGUAAUAUUGAGUGGAAAAAUCGUAUACCAGAAUCAAGUUAUAUAUCUGGUAAUUUGGAGGAACUUGGUGGUGAUCUUGGUGACAACGAGAGUCGUGAUGAUGUUGAUGACAUUAUAUUAGAUGCAGGAGGUUCUGACGAGCAGCUUGUAACAUCAUCAAAUCAUCGUGAUGUUAAUAACAGUGGAGAUUCAUUCAUAUCAACAUCAAGAAAUAAUCAUUUUAAUCAAAUUAUGAUUAUUACAAUUAUUCUUAUAUUGAGGUUUUUAACAACAACGUAAAAUUUAAUGUCAUUUUAAAUUAAUUAAGACUCAAAAUAGUAUUUUUUAUUUUAUAAAAUAAAUCUUCCCAAAUAUUUUGAGUCAAAGAAAAAUAUAAAUAGUUAACUGACAUUUUUAAAAUUUUGAUGAUUGAAUAAAAUAAGAAAAUUCAUCAUUGUCUUUAGACUCAUUAUUAUUAACUUUUUUUUUAUAUAAUAUAAAAAAAUUAAUUUUAUUUUUUAGAUAAUGACAUGAUAAAAUAAGCAAGAGUGAUCAUUUUUUUUUUUUUUUUUUAAUUAGUUACUUGUGUAAAAAUAAUUAGUUGAUUUAUAAAUGUGUCGUGAUAAAAAAUAAAAAUUAAAAACAAUCAUUAGUCAUUACACUGCCUGAUCAAAGUAAUGUGCAAUAAACAAAAAUUUUAUUUUCAUUUUGUUUAAAUUCAAAAAUAAAUCAUUUUCAUGUUUUUUUCUAUUUUUAAAUGUUUGAUGAAAAAUCAUUUGAUGAUUAGAGUCCAUAAUAUGUGUAAUUUUUUGAAAUAAAAAAUUCAAUAGAUUUAAAUUUAAACUUCCGGAAUGACAAUAUAAAAGUCAUUGUAAAUUUUAAAUUAUAAACAAUGAUCAGUUUGAAAAAAAAAUGAAAAAUUUACAUAAAAAUUUUUUAAAACAAUUUUGAAGCGACCAAUUUUAGUAUACCAGUGCUUUUAUAUAAUUAAUUAUUUUUCUAAUUAAAAUAUCAGAUAUAAUAUUUAAAAAACAAAUUAAUUGUUUUUGUUAAAUUUUUUAUUCAAAUCAAUUUAAUAAACAAGUAUUAUUUUUCUUUUUUUCAUUAGAAAAAAUAUACAAAUAUUAUCAAUGAAAAUUAAAUAAUAAUUAAAAAUGAUCGCAUGUAAAUUUUGCAAUUUUAUGUCAUUGUUAUAACAUUGUGUCAUUAAAGUAUUAAUUAGUUUUAUCUACUUUUUUUAUUUUUUUGUUUUUUUUAUAAUUAUUUCUUAUAUCAACUCGUAAUAAUAUUAGAUAAUUAAUUGUUUUUUUUUUUUUCUUUUUAGUACUUAAUUGAUGAUAAAAAAAUACAUAUUAAAUAUAAUUUACUUUGUUUAUAUUUCAAUUAUACUUUUAAAAUAUUUCACUAAUUUUUAUUGUCAAAAAAGCAAACAAUUUAUCAAUUGUAAUAUUUUUUUUUUUCUAUUAAUCAUGGCAACAAGAAUUUUUUUAAUUUUCCACUUACCAACAUUGUAAUAUAUUCCUCUCAUUUAGUCAUUUAAUUAUGUACCAAUAAAUUUAAUUAAAUUUUAUGAUGGAA